UUCAUCCCUCUUCUCGAUGGUUCGUCUGCUCGUCAUGUUCCGGCUGAGGGCACGUCUUCACAGGUCCGCGGGAAACUCGCACCAAGGAGCUUCUCCGACGAAGAACUCAUCAAGCAUCUUCGUGACUCGGACUUUUGCAACGACUUCUCCAGCCGGCUCGACGACAAGGAUGAGCCUUUGCCGUCGUGGGAAAUCGAUUCCAUGCAGUCUUUUCGCGAGUCUGCUGCUGCUGAGGGAGAGCGUUUUGACAGCUCAACGUUUGAAGUAUACGAGGUUGGGCAGGAUGAUAGGCCUGUCAAGACGACCUUGGAUGUUGAUGUCCAAGGCUUCGUCAGAUAUGUUGGCGAAGAGCCGCCAGAGUCGCCCGAGUUUAUCGUCGAUGCGCCGAUUGUUUGGGAGUCUAUCAAGGAAGUCAACUUUGGCGGCCAGGCUGUUGGUCGGAUCACCAUCGUCCAAGAGCCGACGCCACUUAUGCUCGCCGCCCUACAUCUCACCAUGUCGCCUCACUUCGACAUGACGGAGCUCCUUCACCACCUCCUCUCCGACGACCCCAACGGCGGCCGAACCCACGCCUUCAUGCAUCGAGCCUACGAGCGAUCUCCAUCUUCAUCAGCUUAUGCAUCUUCAGCAUCUCCCAUGCUGUCCCCCCUAAACAUAUCCAACAACAUAAAGGGCGGCGGCACAUCGUCAUUCUCUUCCUCCUCUCAUCUCCGCCAACGAUCCUUCUUCUUCGUCUUCAAAUACUACACCCUCGUCCCUAAAGAUCUUGACCCGGCCCCCUGGCAGCUCUACGAAAGACGCCCUUCGGACAAACGCCUCGACGACCACAUCGACAUUGCCGAAUGCGGCUCCAUCCUUGCCCUCUCUCUAGAAGGCGAGCCAACCAAGACGCUCAAAAUGCGGCCUCGCAGAGAGCGCGCCAAGGAAGGCUUCCUCUUCGACACAUUCGGGCCCUGGCACCUCCUCAGCAUCCAGAGCUUCCCCGACGACGAACACACAGUCAGGGGCGACGACUUCCAGGAGCUCAAAAGAUUCUGCAACGGCCCGUACGCCUUCCUAGAGCUCCUGAUAACAGAGUACCGCGACGCCGGCAAAAGGAACCAGAUCCUCCACGAGCGCAUCACCAAGCUCAUCACGCCUCCCACGGAAUUCAUGUUCAACCACCACCUCCGCGACAAGCUCCUCUUCGAAGACAAGCACUUCACCUACAUCCGCCGCUACUUCUGGGCCUACAACACCCUCGCCGUCAUAAACACCGGCAUCAAGGCCAUGAUCGCCGCCUACGUCGACACCUUCACCGACGACUUCUGGGCCGGCACGCAUCCGCUGCUGUGGCCGCACCCUUCGCCGCCGCAGUCCCCCGAGGCAAUGGACUAUGCCGCCAAGAUGGCUGUCUUGCGGAGGGAGCUGGAUAAGGUCGUGAGUGACCUGAGUGAGGUGCUGAAGCGGAAUGAGCGCACGCGAAAGGAGAUUGAGAAUCUGAGGGAUCAGCUGUUUAGCGGGAGUUCGAUCAAGGAGAGCAGACGGGCUAUCGAUCAGGGGGAUAAUAUCCGCAUUCUGACUGUGAUUAGCAUGCUCUUUUUGCCUCUUACGUUUGUAACUUCCGUCUUCGGCAUCACAGAGCUCCAUAUCCCCGUAACAGACUGGCGCUUCCCCGUCACAAUGGUCCUCGUCGGCGUCCCCUUCAUCAUCCUCCUCUACCUCAUCCAAACCCGGCCCUUUGUCCAGUGCAUCCAAAAGAUUCACGAGUUAUCUCUCUCGCUCCUCCAUCUACUCGUCCGUCUCUUCGGCUUCUUACCCCGUCUCUUUCGCGAGCUGCACUCUUCUACUUCUAGAGAUGCCCGGUCUGUAUCUGCGCUUUCGCCG